AACAUUUUUAUCAAAUUCAAUUUGACACAUUGUGCCAUUCACAAGUUGAACACAGUUGGUUUCGCAUCAAAAUGAAAAUCAUUUCAAUAUUUUUCGUUUUACUUUCCAUCGGAAUUCAGUUACAUUCAGCGGGAAAUGGAAUUAGCUCUUGUAUUUAUUCGAAAAGUGAACGCCGAGUUACGUUUGAAUGUUCGGGUUAUGUCGAUGAACGACUUUUCUAUCCGAGUUUCAAUCAUUUUUGUGGUGACCAGGUUGCGCUCAAUGCAUUCAAUAAGGAUGAAAUCAAAGCGAUUGCCUUUCAAAAUUGUGAAUUACAUGAAUUGCCCAGAGAAAUGUUCGAAGAAUACAAUAAAGUACAAGUGCUGAACAUAUCCAAUUUGGGUUUAAAGUGGCUCUAUUUGGAAGAAGCACGGAGUGUUAUCAAAAUAUUCGCAUCGCAUAAUCAGCUGAAAAUGAUUCCGGAGCAAUUGGGUAGAAUUGAACAAAUCGACCUGUCGCACAAUGAAAUUGAUGAAAUCAAGUCAAAAGUUAACUCAUCUUCUUGUAAUAGAGUAACAAUGUUGGACUUAUCUUUUAAUAACAUAAACGAAGUGAACGUCGAUACAUUUAAUUUGUUUUGUGAAUUGCAACACCUGAAUUUGUCGUACAAUCGCAUUAAAGAAAUUCAACCAGGAACAUUCUCACAACUCACCAAGUUGAAGACACUGGACCUAUCAAAUAAUUACAUUCAAUUUUCAUACAAUGAUAUCCAUCUUCAAAACACAGUCCAGCUUACGGUGACAAUAGCCAAAGGUAAUCAGCAGCAACGAUCAAAGGAGUUGAACAAAUCGAAUCAUUCUCGCUUGCGAAUAGAUAAUAUUGAGAAGAAUUGACGUAAUCCAGUUUGAUUUUAGACAUUUUAAAACAGGAUUGUUUUUCAAAAGCCACGACGAUAUAAAGGCUGUAAAUAAGACUUUCUUAUCUUAGUAAAAAAAACUUGUUUCACAUUGAAAUAAAAGAUUUGGUUUGA